AUCUCUCUUGGUCUUGCCUUGUCUAACAUGGGGAGCCUGCGCGGCCACAUCGGACCGGGAUUAGCCUUCUGCAUCAUCGGGUUGUGGCAUCUCUUCAACCACACAAAACUCCACGCCACAAACCCUAACACCUACAUUUCCCAUCCAUGGUUCCCAAUUUCCAAAUUCAGAUACCUAGAGCUCUACUUCAUCAUCUUCGCCGCCUCCACUUCCAUCUCCAUGGAGCUCUUCAUCAUGCCCCACCGCCACCACCCCUUCGCCCCCGACGGCUCCAUCCCCUCCAACCACCUCCACAACCUCGAGCACGCCACCAUCUCCCUCACCUUCCUCACCUACGCCUCCUUUGCAGUCGUCCUUGACAGAAUCUCCCCCCCGGCCAGGUCCUCCCUCACGCACCUCCUCGCCGCCCUCACGCUCGCCCAGGAGCUCCUCCUCUUUCACCUCCACUCCACCGACCAUACCGGCCUAGAAGGCCGCUACCACUGGCUCCUCCAGAUCCUCAUCCUCACCGCCCUCGGCCUCACCAUGAUCAGCGCUGCUGAUUCUAGAAGCUUCCUGCUCAGUUUCGCCAGGUCUCUGGCAAUUUUCGCGCAGGGCGUUUGGCUCGUUGUGAUCGGCGUCAUGCUGUACACGCCGCGGCUGAUGCCGAAGGGCUGCGCCGUCAGGGUGGAGGACGGGCACUAUGUUGUGCGGUGCGGCAGCGGAGAGGCGGUGGAGCGAGCGAAAUCACUGGCUACUAUAUUGUUCAGUUACUACGUGGUUGGGGUGGCGGUUUUUGGCGUGGGGGUUUAUUUGUACUUGCUCAAGUUGUACUCUAAGGAUCAGGUGGAGUACCAUAACUUAGAAGAUGCUACUGGUUUUGGGGAUCAUGAGGAGGAGGAGGAGGUUGAUGCUUUUCACUUAGAUGGAUAAGCACUAAUCAAGC